AUGGAGCAUGGCGGCAGCGGCUCCGACCCACCAGCGGUGCCCGCAAGCGGCCUGGCCCGGCUCGGCCCGGCCCGGCGUCUCCCCUCGCGAGGAGGAUUUGCCUUUCAGCCCUUAUCGGGGCUGUCGAAGCAGGGCCGGGGCGAGGAGGAGGAGGAGGAGGAGGAGGAGGUCUGUGCCAGAACUGCCGGGGUGACGACUGGGGGAUUGGGAGCAGCUGUCACUCCGUCGGAAACCGAACAGCCGCCGCGCGUGGCGGAUCAGCACCGCGCUUGCGCCUGGCGGGAUUUUCCUAGUGAACCCGAGACCCGGCCGAGUCUCCGUGCUCCGGCGUCGCCCGGGUGCAAACGGCGAACGCGCCGCCGUCGCGCCCGGCGAAGCUCCGGCGCCGGGAGCGCUCCGCACGUCCUGCCGCGUCGAUCCUCGGGCGCGUUUUUCCCCGGGGAUCCCCGGCCUGGCGACCGCGGCGGCGAGGGUCGGGGUCUGAGCGAGCCGCGCGGCGCCUUAACCCGGCCUGACCCCGCUCUCGCCUCUCUCCGGACAGGGGGUUUCGCGGAGCUGCUCCUCGUGCUGCUGGGGCUGAAGGUCCAGGUGGCCGGGGGCUGCCCCAGCGACUGCGUGUGCUACCCGUCCCCCAUGACCGUCAGCUGCCAGGCCCACAACUUCGUCACCAUUCCCGAGGGGAUCCCCGAGGACAGCGAGAGGAUCUUCCUCCAGAACAACCAGAUCACCUUGCUGCUGCGGGGCCACUUCAGCCCCUCCAUGGUCACCCUCUGGAUCUACUCCAACAACAUCACCUUCAUCGACCCCAACACCUUUGAGGGGUUCGUAAACCUCGAAGAGCUCGAUUUGGGGGACAACCGCUACUUAAGGGCUUUGGCGGCGGACACCUUCCAAGGGCUGGUGAAACUCCACGCCUUGUACCUGUACAAGUGCGGGCUGAGUUCCUUGCCCAGCGGGAUUUUCGGUGGCCUCCACAACCUGCAGUACCUUUACCUGCAAGACAACCACAUCGAGUUCCUUCAGGACGAUAUUUUUGUUGACUUGGUUAACCUCAGCCAUCUUUUUCUCCACGGAAACAAGCUCUGGAGCCUCCACCAGAACACGUUCAGGGGGCUAAUAAACCUGGACCGGCUGCUCAUGCACCAGAACCAGCUGCAGUGGGUUCACAGGCGGGCUUUCCACGACCUCCGGCGACUGACCACCCUCUUCCUCUUCAACAACAGCCUCUCGGAGCUGCCGGGGGACUGCCUGGCGCCGCUGGGGGCCCUGGAGUUCCUGCGGCUCAACGGGAACCCGUGGGGCUGCGACUGCCAAGCCCGCUCGCUCUGGGAGUGGCUGCGCCGGUUCAGGGGCUCGAGCUCCAGCGUGGUGUGCGAGGCGCCCGAGCGCCUGCGCGGCCAGGACCUCAAGGCGCUGAGAGCCGAGGACUUUAGGAACUGCUCGGGCGCCGAGUCCCUCCACCAGAUUAAGACCCACACGUUCUCCACAGCGGACCGAGGAGCGUCCAAGACCCACCGCCACCCGCACCACCCCUCCAAGGAGAAGGGCGAGGAGAGCGGGGCCGAGAACGGCUUGCACGGCAGCCAGCCCGCCGCCGCCGCCGCCGCCGCCGGCUCCCGCAAGCCCGGCAAGAACUGCACGAGCCACCGGGGCCGCCACCGCGGCGCCGGGCCGGGCUCGCCGGGGCCGCGGAAGAGCGCGCCCGAGCUCCCGGACCGCGCGCCCGAUUACCAGCACAAGUUCGGCCGCGGCGCCAUGCCGACGGCGCCGCCCCGGCGCAGGGGUAAGUGCACGCGGCGGCCGCCCCCGCGGGCCCCCAGCGGCGUCCAGCGGGCCGCCGGCGCCGCCGCCGUGCCCGGGACCUCGCCGCUCGCCUUCCUCGUGGCCUUAGCGGCCGUGCUGCGCUGA